AUCGGCCGGCCCUCCUCAUACAGGCCCCGUCAUCUUCAGGCUGGGUAACUGCACCCUUCCAGUGCGGGCCAAAAACGCUCCGUGGCGCCAGGGAAAUUAGGGUUUCAGCGGAGCGCGAAGCCCAGGGACUUUCACACAGCUGAGCGCUGAAAAAGGCUGACUCCCCUUAAUCGCCGGGUGAGGGACGGACUUAUGGAACAGGUACAAGCUGGAGGGGGGUUUCUCGUGUGCAGGGGGUGCGGGCGUGGAAUCCAGGACCCCCGCUACGUACAGGCACUGGGUUCCGACUGGCACGCGCGCUGUUUCCGGUAAGAGUUUCGGUCCGCACAAGUUCGCAAUGUACAGUCCCGUACUUCGUUGGUUAUCACAUUGAAAAACAAACCCUCCCGAAAAGCUUAAAUAACAUGACUAGUGAUAAGAUCAGGGAGAGGAACAGCCGACUUAUGGAGAAUUUUGGAGAUGACAAACUUUGCAUUCUGGUUUGAUUUUCCCGUUUUAUUCAUCCAACCCAAAUUAUGACUGUAUCAUGCGCUGUUUUGAAACAUCUCUAAAGUAACAUUUUAAUAUUUUUUUCUCAUGCUUGCAUUUAAGUCACUUAGGCCAAACCCGACAGAAAACAAGCUGUGUCUUGCUCCCCCACGCGCAUGUUUGAUGCUGGUGACCCUGCUGUUUAUUAAUCUGAGUACAUAAUUCUGCUCAUUAGCUAUUAGAUAAUAGCUGGUAGCUCACAGACAGCCUACUGCCCGUGCAGAUAAUCUAAACGGGGGUAUGCUUCGCGUCCUAGUAUUGUUUUAGCAUCUUCCGAAAUGUCACGUGUUAAAAUGUUAAGAACAUUACAUUUUAGGAAACCUAUGGUGUGUAUACGUUUGCCUUUGUAAGAGCAAAAUCGGGUUCGAGGCGCCAUCUUGUGGCGAAUAUCGCGAUACCCCUAAUCAAAUAUGUAAUAUAGAGUUAAACAUCGGCCUUCAUUUGGAGAAUAAUUAGCGACUGUGAUAUUUCAAUCCCCUCUGAACUGCGCAUCACCCUGUCAUAAAUGCUCAGAGCUCAUCAAGUAUCCUCAAGUACGUAUGCCGUAUUGAACAUCUAACGCUAUAUCUAUGGUUGCAAGCUGUCUUGGGGAUGUUGACUCAGUUAUUUGGAAUUAAGGUCAUCUGACAGGGCUCCCCAAUAAGAAGAAUUUAUGGUAUCCAUCAUCAUUAUGACCCCCCACCCGCCCCAAAGAGUCAUUGGUCACUUGACACACUGAUUAUUCCUCCUGACCACCUGGUGUUCUGGCCAGGUGAUCUGACCUUUGUAAAAUGAGUCGUAGAAGAUCUGAAUGCACGUAUCAUGGUGUUUGGGUGUUGCUCUGGACUGGAAUUUCUGAAAUGAUGAAAAAACACUUGGACAACUACAGUAUAUUAGCUGUGUAAGUGUGACUUUGCACAAAAUAAAUUCUUGGGGGUAGAUUGUUUGUGUUUGGGCAGGGGGCCUAUUGUGAUAUGGUUGUUUUAUCUUGUGUUGCAAUGGCUGUGUAGGUUACUGAUCUUCAAAAAACCCUGAAUGGGUGGAAGUCAGUCAGUAUUUGAUGUUCUGUAGAGGUUGUCAUGUUUCCCCAGGAAAUCAGCUCACGGAAAUGAGGGAGAGAGAGAGAGUGAGAGAGUGACAAAUAGAGAAGUCUGCUUGCAUAGUUGUCAUGCUAUCUCCAUUAGACUUUUCAGUGACUGAGUGGACCAAAGCUUCAUCUCUGGUUGCUAGCGGUGGGAUAUGUCACGGAGGGACCAGCGGUACAGAAAGCUGAGCAAGGGGAAGUGCUGUGAGUGCUCAGACUUACUGUCGCAUUGGUACUAUGAGAAGGAUGGCCGUUUCUUCUGUAAGCGGGACUAUUGGGCCCGAUUCGGAGAGGUGUGUAGGGGCUGCUGUGAAACCAUCACCACAGGCCUUGUCAUGGUUGCUGGGGAACAGAAGUACCACCCAGAGUGCUUUACCUGCCUGUGCUGCGGUGGGGUCAUCGGGGAUGGGGAUGCAUACGCACUGGUGGAGCGCUCCAAACUCUACUGUGGACAAUGUUACCAGAAGACCGUCGUCAGUCAAGUGACCCAGCCGGACUCCCUGGAUUCCAAGGUCCCACACAUAGUGACACUGGUGUCCAUCCCAGCCUCUCCUGAUGGAAACCGGGGCUUCUCAGUAUCCAUCAGCCCGGACUGCAGCUCCAACACAUGUGGACCAGAGUGCAGCCCCACUGUGCGCGUAUCAAGUGUGAACUUGAACUGCUGCAGUCCAGACCUAAAGAGCUCCAUGUGCAUUGGGGACCGCAUAUUGGAGAUCAAUGGAACCCCAAUUCAGAAUGUUCCACUAGAUGAGAUUGAACUGUUGAUUCAGGAGCCUGGCAGGAAUCUGCAGCUGACUGUUGAGCGGAAUCCCCAUGACCUCAAAGAUUUUGGGGAUCAGGUCGACAGCCGAUCAGAAGUGGUCCAGUGCAGAAGCAGCCCUGGCUCUGAACUCUCACUCCAUCCUAUCGCCAACAGAGUUCGCUCCAAAGUCAUCGCACGCAGUUGCAGCAUUGAUAAAUCCCCAGUCCCCCGUGGCUCUUCCUCCCCCCUGUCCCACCGGAGGGACAUUGGGCGCUCAGAGUCCCUGCGAACUGUGCCUACGGGUCGGACAGAUCGCAUUUUCCGUCCUUCUGACCUCAACCACGGCCAGGUGUUGGGAAAAGGCUUUUUUGGACAAGUCAUCAAGGUCACACAUCGUGAAACAGGUGAAGAGAUGGUGAUGAAGGAGCUCCUCCGCUUUGAUGAAGACAGCCAAAAGACUUUCCUGAAGGAGGUGAAGGUGAUGCGGUGCCUAGACCAUCCCAAUGUGCUGCGGUUCAUUGGGAUCCUUUACAAGGACAAGAAGCUUAACUUAAUAUCCGAGUACAUCAAAGGAGGCACCCUGAGGGACAUCAUCCAGGACAUGGACAGUAAUUACCCCUGGAAUCAGAGAAUAGGAUUUGCUAGGGACAUCGCCUCUGGAAUGGCAUAUCUGCACUCUAUGAACAUCAUCCACCGGGAUCUGAAUUCAAAUAACUGUCUGGUCAGGGAGGACCAGAGUGUGGUGGUGGCUGACUUUGGCUUGGCCCGCCUCAUGGUGGAAGAGCGGAAUGCAGGCAGGCUCCCCCCAGCUGGGCUAACGGGCCCGCCGAAGUCAGACCGGAGGAAGAGGUACACGGUGGUCGGUAGCCCCUACUGGAUGGCACCGGAGAUGAUCCUCGGUCAAAGUUAUGACGAGCACGUGGACAUCUUCUCCUUUGGAAUAAUGCUGUGUGAGAUAAUCGGCAGGGUGAACGCUGACCCGGAUUAUCUGCUCCGAACUGUAAACUUUGGCCUGAACAUCAGAGAUUUCCUGGAGCGCUACUAUCCACCAGAAUGCCCCAUGGCCUUUUUCCCCAUGGCUGCUAUGUGCUGUGACCUGGACCCGGACCAGCGGCCCUCGUUUGCCAAGUUGGAAGAAUGGCUCCGCAACCUGUCGAUGCAUCUGACCAUCCGGCUCCCCCUUGCCUCUGAGCUGGACCACGUCCACCAAACCUUCUGGCAGAGCCACACCCAGCCCAAACACAAGGCAGACGCACCCCCCGAGUAGCUUGGCUAUCUGGAGCCUUACUCCAGUGCUUGCAGAGCCAGACUGGGCCGUAUUUAAUGCACAAGGACCAGGGAUCUCAUUAUUCCUCAGGAACUGCUGUAUAAUAGAAGCACUUACUGAAUUCUUCGUAGCUUUUGCAUUUAGUACGCAGGUAGGAAAAUGGUACUUCCUUUGAAUUAGUCUCCUCCAGAUUAACCACUGUCGUAAUGGCUGAACUGAAUAAUGGGCCUUUGACUUGGGGAAAAAAAUCUGGCGGCUGAACUGAAGAUGAUGUGAUACAGAAGAUACAGAGGAACUUGACUGAUGGUGAAGGCAAUAGGCAGUGCAGGAAGUAUGUCUGCUUGGCCCUGUGUGAAUGCAAACAAGGCCGAAGUUUGCAGAGGAACCACUGUCAGCUAAUGUGUAUGUCUCUAGGUCAUCUGCGCGCAAACUACAGUUAUUGGGUUAAAGACAGAAGUUGUGCUGGUUUUGGCAGAUAUGUCUAAGCCCAUGACCCUGUGGAUGAUGUGUGUUAGGAGUUCGCAGCCUUUUGAUGACUGGACUGCAGACGGGUGAAACCUGUCACCCGGGGUUGGGAAAUACUGAGAUGUGAUUUUGCAGUGGCCUGUGCUCAUUUGUAGAUAUCCUCCUAGAGCAUUUCUCACAUGAAGGUUUUUUUAUUUGCAGUUAAGAUUCUCAUCUCACUGUUCACUGUAAUGUAUACAGCAAAUAUCCAUGUUACCUCACACCUUCGGAGACAAGGGUUUGAGUCAACGCCCCAGUUCUAUGUGUGUGGAGUUUGCAUGCUGUUCCAGAUAUACUCGUCAGGUUUCUUCCUGGUCCACCAUUUCCCCCAACAAUCCAAAAACAUUGCUGAGGUGAAUUGGAGUCACCAAAAAAUCCAUAGCUGUGAAUGGUGUGUGAGUGUAUGGUGUGUGUGAGUGGUGUGUGAGUGAAUGGUGUGUGUGUGUGUGUGUGAGUAAGUGGUGUGUGAGUGUAUGGUGUGUGUGAGUAAGUGGUGUGUGAGCGCGCCCUGUGAUGGGUUGGCGUCCCAUUCUGGGUUAUUCAUAACUAUUGGGAUUGACUCAGGACCCUCUUGACUUUGCAUAGUAUCAGCAGGUAUGGAAUAUGGAUGGAUGGAUGGAUGGAUGAUUUCCAAUAACCAGUUAUCUGGGUCAUGGUGAAUAUCAUAAAUGUUUACAGUUAUUCUGUGUUAAAGUACAUUUUUAUGCAGGAGUUUUUUGGCCAAAAUACAACCCCCUGUUAAAAAAAUCUGAAUGUAUCCAUAUAGAUGAUCCAUAAAGAUGUAAAAUGCACUAUAUCGGUAAACUAUCUUUUACUCUUUUUACAUACGAACAUAUUAUGGUUUGCAUUUGUUAAGAUAUGUUAAGAUUUUAUGUAACAUGGCCGUUUAUGCAGGUCCCAGUUUGAAGAACCUGUUUACAUGUGAGCCUCCUUUUUAAGCGAAGUACAAUUUCGGUCGUGGUAUUUUUUUUUUACAAAUUACAUUAAAUGUACCUACAGGUAACAAUGUCACCUCCAUGUUCAAGAUGUAUGACUCACACUCAGUAAUUUUGGAAAUACCUAAAGAUCUGAAAUAUUUUGGUCGCCAUUCUUCUGUUUACUGAUUUUACUUUUUCUCUGAGCCAGACGACUAUACUUGAUGAGGAAUUUGUAACCUUCACCGCUAUGUGAGCCUGAGCGAAUCGCAGCUAUAGCCAGCCAACGGUCUCAUGUAGUAGCUGAAAGGCUGUAACUGCUGUGUGUGUAGCUGCCAAUAGGGUGCUUCUCGUUUUACACACUGGCCAUUAUAGUGAGCAUAGUUUCUUCGUGUGCCAGCAUAGUAACGUUAGUUAUCGUUAUUAUCUUGACUUGCGAAUGUAGCUGUACUAUGUACUUUGACAAUGGAACUUCUUAGGAUGUGAUUCUGGUCAGAAUUUGUCUGUUGUGGAGUUUGUUAAACCUUUAUGUAAAGUAAGGCGGAAAAUGUUCAGUUUCUAAGAACAUAAAGCCUACUGAUAUUCAUUCUAGUUUCAUUCAUAAUUCUUUGCUUCAGUCAAUCCGUGUAAAGGAUCUAUAUUUCAGUUUUUUUUGUUUUUAAAUGUACAAGUACAAGUUAUAUGUAUGGGCAGACAUAUGCCAUCACUGAUAUUGUGUUAAAUGACUUGCCUUAUGACUUCUUUACCUUGCAAACUAUGAGAAACAACUAUGUAUUUUAGUUUGGGAAGCCAGCAGCCAAUGGGGGUAACUAUUACAGCACCAUUUUUUUUUCUUACUUCCUUGAAGUUCAAAGAGUAUUUUUAUAAUGUACUGUUUGUAGCACAUCGUAAGUCCUUGACUGCUGUCUGUCGACUAGUUUAGGUUUUAAACGAAGAAACCAUAAAAAAAUGAUUGGUUGUCCCA